UAGAUCAAAGGGUGGAUAGAUAGAAAGAAUAAUAUUCCCAUCUAGAGGGGAAUGGUGGAAUUAUUCAACAAAAAGUGGACCCCACACCCCACAACCAAACCACACUCCUUCCUUCCUUGUAAUUUCCAUCCCCAUUUUUAUUAUCUUUUGAUGCCACCAAACACCACUUUCUUUACACCCCUACUCUGUUAUUCCUUUUCGCCUUUACCAUUUCGAUCAUGUCCGCAGGCUCUGCAUUUCCCCUGCACAACAAGAAGCCCAAUCUCCCACACCAAAUGGAUAAUCUUAGCCAUGAUGUUCUUCACCACAUCCUUUCUCGCCUACCCAUUUCAUCCUUGAUUCGCUUCCAAUAUGUUUGCAGGUCAUGGCGUCUUCUCGCUCAAAACCCUCAAUUUCUUGACCAACAUGAAAACUUUCGUUGCUUAAUCUUCCACUGUGAUUACCCCAUCAGAAACCACCUCUGUUUCGUCGAUUUCCCUGCUUUCCAACAACAAAAACAGCCCGUCAAGAGGAUUUCCACUCCUUUUUCUGCUACAAUGCCUGAGUACGACGUCGUAGGCUCCUGCAAUGGCUUCCUCUGUUUAUCGGAUUCUCUUUACAAUGAAAAGCUCUUUAUAUACAACCCCUUUACUAGAGAGUACCUGGAAUUACCCAAAACCAAGGAAUUUCCGAACCCGGAUGUGGUUUGUGGGAUUGGAUUUCAUCCACAAACCAAACAGUUCAAAGUGAUUAAGAUUGUUUACUCCAGAGGCUUCCGUCGUAUCCAGAGACGCGUCCACCACUCAGAAGUUCAAAUUUUCACUUUGGGAAGCUCGAAUUGGAGAAGCGUAGGCAGAAUUAGCCACCAUCUAGCUCAUGGUCAGUCGCAGGCCAUCGUCAACGGCAGACUCCACUGGGUUUCUCUACCUCGACGGCACCAUCACGGUCGCACCAUCGUCUCAUUUGACUUAGGAACAGAGGAAUUCAUAGACAUCCCAAAGCCCGAUUAUGGGAGCUUGAGUCGUUGUAAUUACCAUUUAGUGAUUCUAAAUGGGUGUCUCUCAGCCGCCGUUUACUGUACUCACGGCAAAAUGGAGAUAUGGGUCAUGGAACAGUACGGCGUGAAGGAAUCUUGGGUCAAACGCUUUAACAUUGGGACUUACAUGCCCAAAUCCAUCAAACAAGAAGCAUCAGAGAUUUCUUUCAAGGUCUCCAAGAUUGUUCUGCGGAGUAAAAUCGUUAAAGUUGUUUGCAUUUUGAAAAGUGGAGAGAUUUUGUUGGAGUAUAGAAACAGAGCUCUGGUUCUUUUCAAUCCAACUACUGGGAAAUUUAAGGAUGUCAUUUUUGAGGGCAUGCCCAAUUGGUUUCAUACUGUCGUUCAUUUUGGUAGCCUGAAUCGGAUCGAUUCCCUCUUUGAAUAGUAAUCAUGUUCUUCAAAUGGUUAUGAAAGUUGUACCCUUUUCAUCUUUGUAGCUUAAUAAAAGCAGAACAGAGCAGAGCUCUGUUAUACACAUAAACAAA